AAAACAGACCUCAUCGCAACAUUUCCUAAAGCUGUCAGAGCGUUCAAGAGUUUUAAAAUCAAUGAUCUGGACAUUAAAAAUGCGCAUUUUGUGAAUGCUACAAAACAACAAUCCUGUCUUCAUCGAUCUAAUGAAUCAAAAGCCAUAAGCCCCCCACCUCAACACAGAUUAUUUCUUGAAAACUUCUUAAAUUCAAAUUCAAUCAGUAGACUAAUAAGCGCUUGUUUCAAGAAUGUAGAAAUGAACGUAUCCCACAAAGCGUUUGACAUGUUUGCAAAUGGGAGACCAAAAUGUGUAAUUCAUCCUCAUAAGCACGAUUUUGGAAAGCUUGUUUAG